AUGAUUUCUGCAAAAAUCCAAAAAUUUCUGACGAUACUAAUAUUAUUGAUAUUAUUAAUAAAUCAUUUAAUCAUUCAUGUUCGAUCUUUCGAAAUUCCUUAUCAAGUACCAUUUUCCGAAUUACUGACUGGUCCUAAAAAAGUGGGAAUAAUUGGUGCUGGAGCUGGAGGUUCAUCUGCUGCUUAUUUUCUUUCAAAUUCAUUUAGGAAUACAUCUAUUCCUAUUUCUAUUACUGUCUAUGAAAAAGAAUCUGUGGUUGGUGGUCGUGCUAAUUCUAUAAUCUUUGAGCGAAACGGUACAAAAUAUGAUGUGGAAAUGGGGGCUUCGAUUUUCGUCGAUGUUAAUUAUCAUCUGUUAAAUGCAUCCAAAAAAUUUGGAUUAGAUCUAAUUAGUUUUACUGAGGGUUAUCCCGAAGCAAAGACUGCAGUUUGGGAUGGUACUGAAUUUGUGUUCGAAGAAACAUCAAGUACUUUUUGGGAUAUCGUUAAAUUAUUUUGGACGUAUGGUUGGACUCCCAUAAAAAUUCAACGCAUUGUAAAAGAUACAAUUAAUAAAUUUUUAAAAGGAUAUGACUUAACUGAACCAUUCUAUAGUAUUGAUUCUGAACUUGAGCGACUUCAUUUAACCCUCGAAAAACAAUACACUGGUCAAUAUUAUUUUUCUGAAUUAAAAAAUAUUGGUCAACUCUAUCUCCAGCAUCUCGUGGAACCUAUGACACGUGUAAAUUAUGCUCAGAAUUUAGGGGAGAUUCAUGCUAUGGGAACAUUUAUUAGUUUGGCACCUCAAGUUAAUAAGAUUGUAUGUGUUCGAGGUGGAAAUCAUCAAAUAUUUGAGAAUUUUAUAAAAGAUUCCGAAGCGGAUUUAAAAUUGAAUACAAAAGUUUCGAAGGUUACAAAAAUUAUUAAUGACGAAGGGAAUAUUAAAUACGAAAUAAUGACUGAAGAUGGAAGCGUCAAUACAUUUGAUGCACAAUUUACCGAAAUUCAAUUUAUAAACGUAAAUGUACAAAUGAAAGAAGUUCCUUAUAUCAAACUCUACGUUUCAUUAGUUGCGGGACGAUUGAAUCCCAAAUAUUUUGGACGUAACUCACCAGAUGAAGUUCCACAAGCUAUUUUAACCACCAAUAGUGGUAAAACUGAUUUUCUAAGUCUCGCAGCAAGAACUAAAUUAGAAAAUGGCGAGACAUUAUAUAAAAUUUUUUCUACCCAUUCUAUGAGUGAUGAAUUAUUAGAUCGUAUAUUCACUGAUAGAUCAUCAAUAUAUUGUAAAGUUUGGAAUUCAUAUCCACGACUGAUACCCAAUCAAGAGUUUCCUAGAGUAGAAUUAGAUGAUAAUUUCUUUUACGUGAAUAGCUAUGAACCGUUGAUUUCGACUAUGGAAACAGAAUGCGUGUCGAGCAAUAAUAUCGUUAAAAUUUUGUCACAACGAUGGAUUAACGUUGAAAAAGUUAAAGCAAAUUUAUAA